UUGGAGAGCAGCUCCUUCUGAUGAAUAAGAAGUCUGAAAGAAGGAAACAAAAAAUAUUGAAGAUGCCUGAAAUAGUAGACUGAGCAGUGAUUUUUUUUCUUUAAUUUCAAUUGCUGAGUUUCUAUAAUGUUAAAUAUAUUUUUGCUGGUGGCAAGACCAAACCCAACCCAUUUUCUAUCCCAUCCUCCCUCAUAACUAUUUCCUAACAACACAUAUAUUAUAUAUCACUACAACGCCCCUCAGCACACCGGGCCUCUCAGUGAAUGAAAAGGGCCAGAUGAUUGGACAAUAAAUAACAUCUAUCCCCCUUUUCCCGGGAAAAAUUAAAAUUCCAAACGCGAAAGCAGUAAAAAAGGGGGGUAGGCCGGGGCGCGAGGCUCACUCGAACACAAUAGGCCUGGGAUGCAAGAAUCCGUUACCCGCGGCGUUUGCGGCCAAGACGGCUGUCUCGAGACGCGAUACAUUCUCGAAAACGGCCUGUGGUUUUGUCGUGGCGGUGGGCAUCAGCAGGAGGGCCGCCAAGUCAUCGUCGACGAUGAGGAUUUUGGCAAGCAGGGGAGGGUUAUUCGGCAGAAGAGGGUGAAGGCGGAGAGGGUGUCGAAGACAUACCACGGCUCCCAGGCCUACCAGCUCUUCCUAGAAGCAUACCAACUCAUCCUCUGGAAACAAUGCCAUGCGUUUGUGCAUGGGAAAGGGAUGCCAGUGGAGCUUGAGGCCCUUGUCAAGGACCUCUGGACCCUCCGCUUGCCGCAGCUGUACAGCCGCAGCGGAGACGGCCUUGCGUAUGCAUCCGAUCAUGAAACAGAUCAACCGCAGGUGUUCAGUUCGCAGAGGGGAGGAGGUUCGUCUGCUGCUGCUACUGGCACGAGUCCGAGUGAUGCAGAUGCGGAUGGUGAAACUGCUGCAGAGGCGGAGGAAGAGGAGGAGGAGAAUGCAUACCAUCGCAGGCGCCUGAUAGAAUCGCCGAUGUUGAUUGAUUCGCUGGCGCUGUGUUAUCUCGCGUUGAUGCUGUUGAGGGUGCCGCUUGGGAUUGGGGUGUUGGAGAGUUGGAUCCUGAACGACGAAAUCCCCCUAAUCAGAGCUAUACGGUUUAUACCGCAGGAUAUGAAGGACCGAUUGCCGGCGGCGUAUCAUUACGCGUUGGAUACAAAGAACGUCCCUACAGGCGACCAACUUCACCGCGCCAUAGCAAGCUUAGCAGUGUUCUACCGUAAAGAGUUCGGCGUCCGAAUCCCACCGCUCAACGCACCUCUUAUGUUGUUCGCGUAUAUGAAACAACUCUCCUUGCCCCUCGAACCCUUCCCCGCCAUCCUAAACCGUCUACAGCACCUCGCAGGUUUUAAUUUCACCUAUUAUCCUUCAUUAUGCACCGCCGCCAGCUCUGUUUCUAGCGCUGCCACUCCUAUCAAAGGAAAGCCAGGGGCGGCGAGAAGGAGGAAGAGAAGAAAAUUCCAGUCCAUAAACCUCCCCGAAGUCCAGCUUGUAUCUCUCCUUAUCAUCGCCGUGAAGCUCUUCUAUCCCUUCGACGAUAAUCUAGGUGACUUAGGCCGGACUGAGGAUGAGGAUCAGGAUGAGGGCGAGGGCGAGGGUAGGGGUAGGGGUAGGCAUAAGGUUUCACUGAAGGCGGAGGCCAAUGUGAAGCGGUACCCGUACUCAUGGCGUGAGCCUGCAGCGCAGAUUAUGGAUUGGGAAGCGUGGAUGAGGUUUCAGAGGGAGUUUAGUGACGAGGGGGAGGAGGUUAAAAAGGUGAAAGUGAAAGGGAGAGAGAUUGGGAUUCAAGCUGGUGAUGUUUUCGGAAUGGACGGCAGGCAGAUUGAUGAGUAUUUGGAUUGGUAUGAGCGCAUGUGGGGUGGAAGAGGGGCAUCAAACCCAUUCGCGGACAUGUUCCCGACUGCUCGAGCAUCGGAUACGAAUCACAAUAACGGCAACAAUGAAACCCACGAUCAGGAAGAACAGCGGGAUCCACAGCAAAAGGAGAUAGAAGGCGAUGACUUACUCACGGCAAAACUUCACAACGUCCUCGGCGAGCUGCGCAUUCGCCGUGCAAUCAGUCCUGCAAAUACUGCUGCUGCUACUGCUACUGCUGAUGGUGGUGAGCAACAAAGGACCCAAACGCAACCAUCUGUUAGAGCCGCCAACGUUCCCCGCCCAGGAAGCUUCUAUAAGCGCUACCGUUUCGAAGAUCAGCUUAACGAGCGGGCUAGGGCUUUUUACGAGGCGGCUGCAAGGGUUAUUGGGGUAUCGUUGAGGACGGUGGUUACUGGGGUGUAUCAAACGGAGACGAGGCUGAGGGUGGGUAUGGAUGGUAAGGAUAGUAUGGGGCAGGAGAGUGAAGAGGGGGAGGAAGCAGAAGAGAAGGGGAAGAUGACGAUGACGAUGACGUGGAAGGAGAUGGGGACGAAGAAAUAGGGAGUAGGUAUAUAAUUACAAUCACAAUUAUAAAUAGCUAAUACUACUUAAUGAUGCUUUUUUUGUUGAACAUACAAAAUCCUGGAGGUCUGGUUUAACUAGAUAUCCCAAGCCAAG